AUGGGACAUAGAAGAGCUUUAGCAUCAAAGUUUCAAGAAGAGAAAGAAAAGUAAUUCUAUUACUUUAGCCUCCACUUAAAAAAAAAUAAAUAAUGUAAUGAUAAGUCAAAAAUGUCAAAAAAUAAAUUUUCAUAAACCUCAUAGUAAUUAUGGGUUAGUAGACCCAAUUGGUUCUAAUUUUUGGAUAUGUGUGAAUAGAGUUAAGUGUUGUAGGAUAAGAUUACAGAAGAAUUACACACUUUGCCUAGUGCUAUAUUCCACAUAGAAAAACUUGUUUCUGAUAAGAUGAAUACGAGUUAAAGCAAUUCGGUGAACCUUGAUUUUAAGGGAUUUUAAAGAAAUACAACAUCAGAUUCGUGGAAUAAGGCAUUAUCAAUAAAGCAGGGAAAAAAGAAUCUCACUAUUGGAGGAAUUACUGACUGUUAAUGA